AUGCCUGACUCUUCAACCCAAUCUACCCAGUCCCCGACAUACCUGGCCAACUAUACGGACUUUGGUGGCAGGAUCAAUGAGGCCAAGAUAGCCUCGUACAUGUGGUACAUCCACGUGACGGUGCGGGUGAACGCAGCAGACCGCCUGCGACACAGCCUCGCCUCCCUCCUGGGACGAGCAACGACCACGCCAACUCCACUUUCGCCUUCAUACUCGGCACCGUUCGGCUUCACUCACGUAAAUAUCGCCGACAGCGGGAACGGAGGCAGCAGGAAACUCUUCAACGAAGGUUACGUCGCUAGCGAAGCAGACAGGAUAGACGACCUUGUCGACUAUUUCGUCCUUGACCACUUUUCCCAAGAAAUGCUGGAAAAACUUGUCAACACAGCGCCCAUCGAGGAGUACGCGCGAGGCUACGAGCAGGCGCUGGCCGGUAUCCCCGCGCCCUUCCGCGAGGAAUUCUGCCGCCGGCUGUUUGGCCUCCUCUUCAGCAAGUACAUCGUGGAGUGGCCCCAAGGCAUCGCCGUCCCGGAGGCGACUCCGGGGUCGAUUGCGGCCGCCACCGAGGCUGCGGCUGCCACCAGCACUGGAUCCGAGACCGUCGCCGCGAGCACUAGCUCUGGCACCGACGUGAGUGAGCAUGGGGGCAGCCCGGUCCAAACCCCUCGUGAGGAGGAGGAAGACGACGAGGAAGACGGGCACAAAACCCGCAUGGACCAGAUAAUCUCCAGCAUGGAGGUACUUUUGUCCGACGAUAAGGCCGAAGAGGAGGACUAUUUUACCUGCAACAACAACAGUGUUGUGGACGGCGAGAGAUACAAGUACCCCUCCAACACCGAGCCGAAGAGCCCAGAUAAUCAGUCCACCCUCGGGCCCGCCAGCCCCCUGCCAGACCUGCCCUCCCCGGGGUACAACCCAGAGCUGGCCAAGGCCGCCUACUUCGGCACACCCAGCUGA